AUGGGUGCGGCAGAACCCUCUUCACCCUCCCAACGGGAACCAUUACUUCUCCAGGGGGCCAAAGGGAUAGAUAUUACCGUUUUGGAUUUUGAGCUGGAAAUUCACGACGUAUGUCGGUAUGACUUUGUAAAUAUACGUGGAGUCAAAUACUGUAACAAUGUCAAAGCUAACACAACAAUGUCAUUCCCUGGAAAUACAUUAGUUAUUACAUUUCACAGCGACAGAAGUGUAGUGAAAAAGGGGUUCAAGAUUAAAUACAAGGCAAGUUUUCCAGUAUUAACCACACUGUCUUCCACGGAAUUUAUGACAACGCUGAUCCCGACUUUAUCAACAGCCGUGAGGCCAGAGAGAGACAUAUGCGGACAGACCAUAUUCAAUAAUGCCACAGGGAUGAUCCGAUCCCCAAGACACCCGCUCAACUACCCUACGAAUAUACGAUGCGUGUACAGUAUACGGACACCAGGAGCAAUAAGAUACCACCUACACUUCGGUGAAUUCAGCCUGGAGAGUGCAUGGAAGUGUAAUGGGGACUACGUCAAAAUUACAUCUGGUGUCCGUUCUCUUGGACGUAUUUGCGGCACUGAAGCAGCCAACAAAACGUAUACCUACGACACGGACAGUAUUGAGCUGGAAUUCGUUUCUGACGGCAACGUCCAACGUUCCGGGUUUUCUUUGAGAUACAAUGCUGAAAUAGACAUGACAACAGUGGAAUCUGGGAUAGAAGCUACAACGCAAUACUACAUCAAUGGCAGUGGCCUCACAGCAGCUGAAGUC